AUGGCUCUCGACCAAGCUGCUAUCGCCUCUUUGCCCUACGCCGCCGCCGCCGCCGCCUCGCUCCGCCGCCCCCAUCCCUCCUGCUCCUUCCCUCCUCGCCGGCCUCCGCCGAUAUACCUCACCUGCGCCGCCUUCCCGUACUCUCCUCCUCCCUGCGCCACAACAUCGUCGUCCGCCAGCGAUGACGCCCGCGGACAACACCUGUUCCGCGGCUUUCCCCAACCGCGAUGCUCUAAUGUGGAAGCGGUCAGCGAUGUGAUGGCAGCGCCCGAUGAUUACACAGAAGACUCGCCAUCAAGCAGCGGGUAUGCAAACAGGCGUAUAAGUGAAGAGCGUCCAGGAGGAAGCGUGGGCGAGGAAAACUACAUGGCCGCAGGCAACCAGAAGAUGAUCAAGAUAUCCGACAAGUUGAUCGGUGUAUUCAUGGUCGAUAAGCCUACGCCAACGGAUUGGAGGAAACUGCUAGCUUUUAGCAGGGAGUGGGACAACAUCAGGCCGCAUUUCUUUAGGCGCUGUCGGGAGAGAGCGGAUGCGGAAUCGAAUCCUGAGAUGAAGCACGGUCUUCUCAGGCUGGGGAGAAAGCUGAGAGAGAUCGAUGAGGAUGUGCAAAGGCAUAAUGAACUGUUUGAAGUAGUGAAAUCAACGCCACCUGAUAAAAUUGGUGCUGUUAUUGCUAAGCGACGUAAAGAUUUCACGGUGGAGUUCUUCAACCACCUUUAUUAUGUUGCGGAGUCAUAUAAGGAUGACCCCGAUAAGCAAAAAGAGUUGGCAAAACUUGGAAAUGAUUGUGUAGAUGCAUUACAAGCUCACGAUGACAAGUCUGGUAGUCUUGAAGCGCUGAAUGUUGCAGAGUUAAAGCUCAAAGAUAUACUCAAUUCGCCUUCAGUGGACGCUGCAUGCAGAAAGAUUGAUGACUUGGCCGAGAAGAAAGAACUAGAUUCCGCGUUAGUGUUGAUGCUUUCAAAAGCUUGGUCAGCUGCAAAGGGCACCGACAUCACAAAAUCCGAUGCAAAAGACAUAAUGUUCCAUCUAUACAUGACUGCAGUAGCCAAUCUUCAGAGACAAAUGCCGAAGGAUAUCAGGAUACUGAAGCAUCUUAUAAUGAUCGAGGACCCAGAAGAACGUGUUAGCGCGUUGAACGAUGCUUUUACUCCUGGGCCCGAACUCCAAGGCGAAAACCUUGAUACAUUAUACACGAGCCCUGAGGUUUUACACACUUGGGCGAGUGCUAUAAUUGAUGCAUAUUAUAGCAGCAGGGAAGGCACUCUCCUGGGGCAAGCGAGGGACUUGAUGAAUCCUAAGAUUAUCAAGCGAGUUGAAGAGAUUGUGAAGACAAUCAAGGAUAAUUACCUCUGACAUCACAAAACUGUGGUUUCAAAUCACUAGUGAUUGUGCUAGAAGUAUAAUCAUCUGAACUGCAUGAUGGCCUAAGCUCUGCUUGCUAUAGAGCUGGGUUCUCAUCGAUGGCUGCUGGGAGUGAAGAAUGACAAUACUUCCAAGGAUUAUGUCCAGAUUAAAUCUGGUUUGUGCCGCACAUAAAGUGAUUGUAGCAUGUGAUAUAUGGAUGUAGGUUUCACCUAGAUGUAUGUCCGCCUAUAUUUUGUAAGUUACUCCCUCAACCUCUUCAUAGAUAGUGUACGUAGAUUAAUGCCUAUGGUCAGGCAUAAUCUGAAGAGGACACUGAGAGAUGCCUCAUGUGACCGUGACAGGCAUAGAAGAUUAAAUGCUUUCUUCAGAUUCUGUAUACAAAACAGGUGGUCAUGUUGACAUAUAAGUGAAUUUUCAGCAUAAUUUUAUGAUUU